CAAGCAUCCCGUUUUAUCUCUGCAACUGCGACGUGGCAAUCUUCGGAACUCAGAUACGUAUUUGUUGGCGGAGAUUCAACAUCAGUUCGGAGCUGUUUUCCGCUUCAACCGCCGCCGGCCGGCGACAACUAUGGUUUUUAAGUAGGCGAAUAUGACGUUAUAGGAAGGAAAAGAGAACGAGAUAUGGAAGGAUUAGUGGUUCGUUCGCCGUUCGUUUCAACAGGGAAGAAGCUUCCCUUCUCGCCUUUGCUUGAUUCUUUGCCGUGUCGUUCUGCUUCUGGCGGUAUAUUUGCUAAGACCGUACCGACAUCGCUGAAACGUAGAAGAGUGACGAGAUUGAACGGGACGUACGGUAAAAUCAGAGCACAUUCGUCGAAUGUAAGUAUCGGAUCCGAUGGAUACAAGCACGAAGAGGAAAAGGAGGGCCAGCAUGUUGUUUCCAGUAGUGCACCUGUUGAUAUCAGUUCAUCUAAAACUGAGAAAUCUCCAAAGGGAUUGCCUUAUCCUCUUUCUAUUGCGCUAGUACUAAUUGGAUGUGGUUUAGUAUUCUCACUGAUUGCCUUUGUGAAGGGAGGACCUUCAUCAAUCUUGGCUGCAGUUGCAAAGUCAGGGUUCACUGCUGCCUUCUCAUUAAUAUUUGUCUCUGAAAUUGGAGACAAGACGUUUUUCAUUGCUGCACUCUUGGCCAUGCAAUAUAAGAAAGGACUGGUUCUGUUAGGAUCUAUGGGAGCACUCUCACUUAUGACAGUCCUCUCAGUUAUAAUUGGACGGAUAUUUCACUCGGUACCUGCCCAGUUCCAGACAACAUUACCAAUUGGGGAAUAUGCGGCAGUAACUCUUCUAUUGUUCUUUGGUCUCAAGUCCAUUAAAGAUGCAUGGGAUCUUCCCUCGAGUAUUCCAAAACAAGGUGAUGAGAGUGGCCCGGAACUUGAUGAAUAUGUCGAAGCGGAGGAGCUUGUUAAAGAAAAGGUUUCAAAACGGCUCUCCAAUCCACUUGAAAUCAUCUGGAAGUCGUUCAGCCUUAUAUUUUUCGCCGAAUGGGGCGAUCGCUCAAUGCUUGCAACCAUUGCUCUUGGAGCUGCGCAGUCUCCAUGGGGUGUGGCGACGGGAGCUAUCACUGGACACCUAAUUGCAACUACCAUUGCCAUUCUAGGAGGAGCAUUUCUUGCCAACUACAUUUCUGAAAAACUGGUCGGCUACUUGGGCGGCGUACUCUUCUUAAUUUUUGCAAUAGCAACUUUUUUUGGAGUUUUCUGACGUUCUUCGAUCGCACAAGAUCGAGCUCUUCUACACCCUAUGGCAAAGCCGAUGCAUUGGAAGACCUAAUGCUAGUAGCCACGGAGAGGAGAGGAGAGAAAGAACGUGGCUUAACGUAGGUUACUGGAUGUUUCUUUGGGAAGUCAAGUAUUAUCAUUUAAUCUUCUUAUUCACCGCUCACUAGCUUCACAAUCAUGAUUUUGUGUGAUUAUCAUGAACAAUUGUUUUCAAAAUGGUUCUUUGUGAAAUUCAGAGUUUUGCCCAUAAAAUACAUCCUCUGUUGUAUUUCUGAUGGCCUUUGUAACCACUUAGCUGGUUGCUUUUUCGCUGCUCUCUUUGUCGUGUUUUACGCACAAAAAAGAUUAAAUGGAUGGAUGAGUGAGUAAUUUCACUUACUUCCCAA